CCUCAGCGCCUUCAGUAUCUUCGACGCGAGGACUGGCGAGCUCAUCUAUGCAAACGAGGCCGCAAGAGAGCUUAUGUCUACAAGUCUGGGGAGAGACUUGGAUGUCGUAGAGCUACUCGGUCUGGACACCAUCGCAUCCGUCCUGGAGACGCUCGCCGCAGGUCAUCCAGUAUGGAAAGGUCUCAUCCAGUUGCGAUCCACAGCGGCUCUGUCGCCGUCCGUCCGGCCAAGCGGUGGGGACCGGAGCGGGGCAGCCAGCGGGGACGCGGCCUUCGCCUCAUUACACGCCCAGCACUCGCACCCUGCGCCCUGGCUGCUACAACCGCCGCAGCCGCUGCAACAGGAUGCCAGCAGCCGCACGUGGCUUCUUGGUACAGCGCACGCACACUCGCUUCGUGUCAGGACCAGCGUGCCCGCCGCGCCCUUCGCCACCCACCAGGCGUGCGCAUCUGCCGGCGGGCCGUGCUCACCCGCACCACCGAGCUCUAACCGUCGGCGUUCCACCGCUUAUGGCGCGGCGAGCGCGGCCGGCAGCGGCGCACCGCUGCCACAGCUGCAACAACAACGGACACGUAGCGACUACGGAUUUGUCGUGGCUGGCGCUGGCGUGGGCGGCGCGGCGGCAGGAAGCAUCAGCGGGGCGGCUGCGGCCUUCGCCGCAGCGCUCGCGGCAGUGGCGGCCUCGGGCGAGGGAAGCGUGGGCAACGUGGCGAGCCCGAUCAGCGCGGCCGCCAACCUACGUCAUGCGCUGCAGUCCGUGGCAUGCCCCAGUGUGGGGCUCCGACACACGGGCGGUGUACCGGCGGGCACUGUAGGCGGUGUGUGCCCGCACGGCGGCGGCCGCCCGGGCAGCAGCACCGGACACCUGCCGCCGCCGCCGCCGCCGCCGCCACCGCCAGCAGCGGUAGCAGUCGUAGCGGGGGCGGCGCCGCCACAGUACCAGAGCAGCCGGUUUCACGCUGGCGCCGGUGGCCGUGGAGACAGCAGUACGCCUACCUCGGCCACUGCUGCCGCCGCAGCUGCCGCCGCGGGGCCGCAACUGACGCCGCCGCCGCCGCCGUCUGCUUCACAGCUGCGAGGGACACCGAGCAGGUCACGUGUGCAGCCGCCGCAGCAACCUCAGCUGAUGACCAGCAGCAACCAGGGCGGCGGCUGUGGCGCUAUUGCAGCAGCAGGUGUCGGUGGCCGUGUUGGCCUCGCACAGCUGCAAGCUCUGAGCUUCCGUGCGCCAGCGCCGCCGGCAGGCACCGGCGCGGCGGCGGCGGGCGGCGGCGGUGGCGGCAUCCUCCACGCGGGCUACCACACCUUUACAUGGGACAAGGACGCAACCGUGCGCGCUGCUGCUGCGGCGGCGGCGUCGGCGGCUGCGGACGCCAUCGCACGCGCUUCACGCAUUGCAGCUGAGGCCAAGCUGGAAGCACGCGCGGCCGCCGCCGUGGCAGCAGCGGACAACGCAGCGGCGGGGCUGCCGGCGUCCUCUCCCAAGGCGGAAGCGCCCCCGGAAGUGGUAUCGGCAGCACAGGGUGACCAAGCAUGCACGGCUGACAACAGCGCGCCUGCAGCCGUCGUGUUCGGGCGGGACAGCAGCAAUGCCGCCGCGGCACGCCGGCCAGCAGCGGCGACCGCGUCCAUCGCGGCGGCUGCUGUGCCGCCGCCUGCAGUGAUCGUAGCGCCAGCAGGUACGGUCGGCGGCCGCAACCUCAGCACAGCAGCAGCAGCAGCGCCGGGACCGACGCUGCUGCAGCUGCUGCAAGCCGCCUCUGCAUCGCUCGACGGCACCCGCUGCUCCAUCAGCCACGAAGCCGCCGCCGGCGGCUCUCCUCGGGCUGGUGCUGUUGCUGCUGCUGCUGGGGGCCGUCGCGGCGUCAGGCCUCCAGCAGAAUCCCUGCUUGAGACGGGCGAUGCAGACGACCUUGUUGGCUUUGUCGAGUCAUGGCUGGGGCAGGAGGCCACCAGCGGCGGUGGGGGCCAUGACGCCAGCAGCCCUGGCGGCGAGCAGCGGGAUCAUCAGCAGCAGCGGCAGCAGCAGCAACAGCAGCAGCAGCAGCCGGACAUGGGCGACCAGGGAGAUGACCCUGUUGUGUUCUACUCACACAUGUUGAACAGUGACCCGACAGCCGACAAUUACUGCUUCCAGCAGGCGGCCGCCGGGGAUGCAAGGGACGCCGAAGUUGAGGGGCAGCAGCAGGUGGUGCAGGAACCUGCUGCGAUGACUGGCCAGGGGCAUGAGGCGGCGGCAAAGGAGGCUGCUGGAAACAGCGCCGCCAGCAGCAGCACGGCUGCUGCUGUGGGCAGCGGCGCGGCGGCCCUUGGGUCAGCGGCGGGCGGCGGCGGCGCCAGCCAGUGCAGUCUUAUGUUCUCUACCGCGGAGGCGGCGGUGGCGACGUCGUCGCUCAUGCUCACAUCCCAGAACGGAGCCCCUGGCGGCGCCGCUGCCACCGGCUCGGCGCUGCCUGCCGGUGUCGAGACUCUCACGACCAGCACGGACGCAUUUGGACUGCUUGAUGCUGGUGCAGCCGCGUUGGCAUCAUCGUCGCUUUUUGAGGCGCUCGCCGCCACAAAGCUCCACCGCCGGCCAGCUACCGCAGCUGCAUCAGCAGCAGGGGCGGCAGGAGCAGCGAAAGCGCCGAGUCAACAACGCGCGCUGCUGCACCCAGCGGCGGCAGGCACGGAACUCCAGCAGCAGGGCCUCAAAACCGUGUCGGUGGCACUGGGGAGCCCCGCCGCUGCGCUCCCGCUCCUUGCGGCGCCCGCCGACGGCCCCGGCCCUGCUGGCCACGUAGGCCGCACCACUACUGCAGCCCUGCUGGUAUCGUCAUCAUCGCAGCAGGCGCUGCACGAAGGCGCUGGUGGCGGCGGUACGCACCUCUCGGCGGCCGGGGGACAGCAGCAGCCAGCCCUCAGCAGCCACCAGCAGCCCUCUGCCGCCGCCUCCCACGCCCAGAAACCGCCGCUCCCAUAUGGCAGCGCAGCGGCCGGACACGCUCUGCAGGAGCAGCGCACGGGCCCACCAUCAGAAGUGAAGCGCGCGCCGCCAUCACCGUUGGUGCUGAAACUUCCGCCCACCGGCAGCACCGCCUCCGCCAGAGCCGCCGGGCAUUCGCCGUUUGGUGCUCCUCACGGCGGCACCAGCGGCGCCGCCGCGCCGGCACUCGGCCUCAACUCGCUUCCGUGCUCGCCCCCGCCGUUCCACCUCCGUACCAAUAAUGUCCACGGCCACAGCCCUGCCACUGGCCCAACGGACAGUGGCGCAGCGUCCCUGUACACACAGCUCCGAUUUCAGAGCUUCAACCCGCCGGAGGAGAGUCAGUUAAGGCAGCAGUGGCUGCCACAGCAGACGCGCGGCACGCAGGCGGGAGCCAGCCUUGCUAUCAUCGGCGGGAUGCGCGGCCGUGGCGGGAGCUCCUCCCCGCCUCACCUUGACCUCGGUGCCGAGCUCGGUAGCGAGCCGCUACCGGCACUCGACAUCCUGACGGCGGCGGGCUCACACCGCAGCCUGUCUCAGCUCGACCCGCCGCCGCUGCGCAACCAGCAGGCCCACAGCAGCAGCACAAGGAACGUGCACGGCGGGAUCAACGCGUUGCCACACCAACACCAGCAGCACCAGCAGCACUCCUUACCGCUGCAGAUUGCACAUCACCAAAAUUGCAGACAGCAGCCACAGCAGCGGCGGCGGCAGGAGGACCAACAGGGCCUGCAGCCUGACAACAGCAGGGCAUAUCAGCACCCGCACCCGCUACACCGCCACCAACAGGCGCAUUCCUCAUUCUCCGGUUCCAGCUACCAACAGCAGCAGCUGUUGGAGCAGCGGAACCAGGCCCUACUGGAUGCCCUCAACACCUCCGCCUGGGGAUCUCUGCUGGCAGGCGGCCGCCGCAACCCCCGAAACACGCCCGUCGCUGCCGCGUCGGUGUCUCUGCGCCGCUCCUACACCACCGCACUGCUUAGCAGCGCAGCCCAGCACCAGCAGCACCAGCAGCACCACCAACCGCUGCCUCCAGCGCGAAAGCCAAGCCCUCGCACCGCCCGUGGGGAUGAGUGCGCUGCCGGCGGCGGUGCCGGGGCGCCGGCCGUUGCCCCGGCGGCAGCCCUGACCACUGACGGUGGCAGUCAACGGCUUUACCAGCAGCUCGCACAGCAGCUAGAUGAAGGGGCCGCCGGCGGCAGCCACGAGCUCUCCAGCGGCGGCGACGGACUGGCUGCGGUUCCGAUUAGAGAGCCGUCAGUAGAAUCUGGCCUGCCCUUACCGCCGACCACGCUCUCGCCCAAGACUCUCACGGCCGCCGCUGCCGUGACGGCACCACACGCACGCCUGGGCGGGGUUGCUGCCACACGGGGUGCCGCUGCUGCUGUCACUGAUGGCGGAAAUGGCGGUGACAAGGGCGGCGGCGGUGGCGGCGGCAGCGGCACGACUCUGCCGCCAGGGCUGCUGGCAGAGGUGCACACCACCGCUACCACCGCCACCAGCGCCAGCGCCUCUCCCGCAGCCCGACCUCGCGGCCUGGCAGAGCGCGUGACCGGUGUGUUGCAGCGUGCCUUCCACCGCCGUUCGGUGUGCAGCGCCUACGGGGGAAUGGAGACGUUCAGCGGUGAUGCCGCCUCCGCCGCUGGCAUCAGCAGCGGCGGCCUGAUGGCGACACAUGCGUCUGCUUAUGGUAGCCCUGCGGUCACCAACGCGGCGGGACACAGCAGCAGCGGGGGCGGCGGGCUUGUGGCAGCCGGCGGAGGCGCGGCCAGGGUUAUGAUGCCGCCACUGAUGUUCGGCAGGCGCAGCAGCCAGGCUGCAGGUGGCGGGCGGUCCAUACGGGGUCCGAAUGACGGCGGCUUUGGCGGCGGGAUCAAGGCUGCUGCUGGCGGCGUGGCUGCUGGUGCGGGCGGUCGGGCGGCCGGCGCCUUCAGGAGUGCUGACGGCAGAAUGGGGUUGCUGGGCGGCUCAAGCAUUGGCAGCGCCGGCGGUGCUGGUGUGAACACGAGCCUUGCGUGCGGCAGUGGCAUGUCGGCGGUUGUGGGUGGCAGUAGCGCGCGCCUGACGCAGCGACAGCUGCCGGACGGAAGCCCAUUGCUGCAAAGCGGAGGCGGCGCGGCAGGUGCCAUUGGUGCCAGCUACUUGCGUGACAGCAGCAACGAAGCCUUUGAAAGCUUUUUGACGGGGCCGGCUACAACCAGCGGCAACAUGGGCCCACUCGCCGGUCACAGCAGGCAAAUGAGCCCCGCAUUAGGCAGCAGCCCCGCCGCAGUAGGAAGCGUGUACGGCGUGUUGCCUCGCAUGCUACAGCUUGCGAGCAAGGUGUCAGCAGUAAGCGGCGGGGGAGCGGGCAAGAGUCAUCACCCGCAGGCUCUCUCGCACCACCACCAGCAACAGCAGCGGACGGCGGCGGGCCGUGGUAACGGCGCAGGCAGGGGCGCAGCGCAAGUCCCGCUGGACGCACCGCAGUCGGCGGACACAACGCAGCAGCCGCUACUCGCGGCGCUCACAACAGCAGCAGUGGAGCCCAGGCAGCAGCAGCAGGCUGGGGCGCUGCGCCCUCCGCCACGAGCAACGGACAGCAGCGGUGGGAACAGCAGCAGACGCUUACUGCCGGCAGCGGCUUCAGGCGACACUACCAACGCGGCGGCCGCUGAGCUCUUGGUGGCGCCGGCUUUGCCGCCCCCGGCCUUGCUUGCUACAGCCCCAACAUCUGCUGGUGGCUCCCUGUGGGGCCUAGCAGGCAACAGCAGGGCGCCCAGGUUCAUCAGUGUCAGCAUGGGCGGCGGUGGAGCCAACGGCCUCGUGGGCGACGGCGGUUUGAGUACUGUGCCUGGCGCGCCGGCCCCGGCGGCGCCGGAUGCACGCUCACCGCCGCAGCAGGCAGCAGCACCAGCAGCCUUGCGCGCACACAGCGCCCAGCCGCCGCAUGGUUUUGGCGCGGGGACGGCUGCUGCGGCAUCGGCUGUUGGUGUCGCGGCGGGCUUCGCGCGCCCGACUGCUGGAGCAGCAGCACCCGAUCCCAGUCAGUUGAGCAGCUGCUGUGGCACGCCCCCUGUUUCCGACCAACAGAGCGCAACACAGACGUGGCAGCGCACGGACACGGCCGGGACGAUGACUUCCAUUCGGGAUGAAGACAAUGACGGCAGCAGCUGUGUGGUGGCCCCGGGAGAUGCCGCCGGCGGCGCCAGUGCCUCUGCUAACGCCAGCGGCAGCAGUGCCGGGCGGCGGGGCCGCAGCGCCCAUUGGCUGGAGCGCUGGGGGCUCCGACACGCGCCUCGCAGCAAGCAGGGCCCCCUGCAACAACACCCGCAGCUGCUGCUGGCGCGGCCGCAGACGAGUGACGCGGCUGCCGAGGCCGCUGCUGACGACGGCGCAGGUCCCUGCUUUGGUCCCGGCGGCGGUAAUCAGCUUCACUCUCGCAGCUCACAGCUGCAGUCUGCAGACGCGCUGCCGCCGCCGCAGCAGGGCCCUGCUGACGGCCGCCAGCCUCUUUCCCAGCUGAUCGCCACCACGGCAGCUGGAGGUGCAUCAGCGGGCAUGGGAGGCUUGGGGGUUGGGGGCAGCGGCGGGCGCAGCUACAGCCAAAUAAGCCAAAGGCUGCAGACGGCUUUCAGCUCAUUAGCUGCACGCGAGAUGCCGCUGCUUCUGGCGCAAGUCUCAGAGGACGCAUCAGUCGCUACUGCCGUCACAACCACCCCGACGUCACGUGUGGAGCCCUCGUCAUCGGCUGCAGCUCCCAGCCAGCAACACAUGCUGGUGGUGAUGCCGGGCACGGCUGCGGUGCACGCGCCCAUGCUGCCCCCGGCGCUCAUGCUGCCCCGCAGCAGCGGUGACAAUAACGCCUCAGCGACGCCCUUGCCCGAAGGCCCGCCGCCCGAGGCUGCGGUGGCUGCGGCGGCUGCGGCCACCGCCGCCGCAUCCAUGGCGACCGCCGCCGGUGGCACGCCAGGUUGGGAUACCAAUGCCAGCAGUGGCGACGGCGGCCCCGCAACAAGCGGUGCCAGAGCGUGUGUUGCUGCCUUCGGCGGUUGCAUGGCGCCAGAGCUGGUCAAUGGGUGGAGCGCAGGCAGAGCACCGACGGCCGAUGCUGUGACUGUUGUGGCUACUGGCCAGGGACCAGCAGGGCAGCAGCCGGUGCAACACCAGCAGCAACACCAGCAGCAGCGGCCGGUGCAGCAGCCGAUGCAACACCAGCACCAAGAGGUGCGGAUGCAGGCGCAAGCACAGCCACAGAUGCGAGCGCACACACAAACGCAAACGCGUACGCAGUGUAUCGAGGAGCUGUGGGAGUCUGAGGCUGGCGAGGCGGCGGAUGAGGAUGGGAUGGUAACUACGUGUCCUCAGCCAGCAGCACAGCAGACGGCGGCACCUGCUGCUGCUGCCGCUGGUGUCGGUAGUGGCUGUGGGGAUGGGGCCCUGGAGAUGCCAGAGGUAUGGCACGAGGUGGUGGUCAGCAGCUUCAACCACCCGGACACCGGCGACCAGCUGUUGAUGGUGAAGCAGCAUGACGUGUCGGCGCGCGUGUGGGCGGAGCAGCAGCUGGCGCGCGUGAUGGAAGCGGAGCACGCACUGCUGGAGGCCAUCUUCCCCGCGCACGUGCUUGAGCACAUUGCCAUCAUGGCCGCGGCGGCGGCAAGCGGCGGCGAGCCCGCCGCUUACUACGCCGCCUGUAGUGGAUCCCCGUCAGCAGCACUCCAUCUGCGCCCUGAAGGUGCUGGCGGCGGCUGCCACCACGGCGGGUCAGCGUCCCAACAAAAACAACAACUGCAGCAGCAACACCAACAACGCCAGGCGCGCGCAAGCUCGCUCCAGGGCAUCAUCGCCGCCGCCACCAGCGCCGCCGCGGCCGCCGGCCUGUGUCCGCCGCCGCUGCUGAGGCUCCCCGGCCGGACACCGCAGAGCCCCUCGGUGCGGACGUCCCGACUUGCGUUCGGCGGGCUGGCUGCGACGCAAGGCGGAGGUCCUGGUGGUGGUGGAAGUGGCGGUGGCGGUGCGCCGGCAUCGCUUCCAAUCACUGGCGAGACAUUCCUGCACUUGUCCACAUCGCACAGCGCCCUCACCAUUUUGUUCUGUGACAUUCAGGGCUUCACGGCGAUGUGCAACGUGGUCAAACCCGCAACCGUCAUGGCAUUCCUGAACGACCUGUUCACUCGGCUGGAUGCGCUGCUAGACGCGUUCGGUGUGUACAAGGUGGAGACAAUCGGCGACUGCUACAUGGUGGCGGGCGGGCUGAUGAAGGUGGACGAGGAGACGGGCGCGGUGACUGUGCGCAGUGAUGACGUGGACCCACUGCACGCCUACCGCACCGUGCAGUUCGCAAAGGCGCUGCUGCGCGCGGCUGCGUCCGUGCAGCUGCCCACAACCGGCGAGCCGGUGAAGCUGCGUGUGGGCAUCCACAGCGGUAGUGCCAUGAGCGGCGUGGUGGGCACGCGCAUGCCGCGCUUCUGCCUAUUCGGAGACACCGUCAACACCGCCAGCCGCAUGGAGUCCACGGGCGAGGCGGGCGCCAUCCACGUCAGCAAGGCCGUGUUCGACCUCGUGCCGGGCGAGGAAUGGGAGCCCACCGGCGGAGUGCAGGCAAAAGGAAAGGGCACGCUCGAGAGCUUCUUGUUGAAGCCGGCGCUUUAGGUGGUCAUCACCGAAGUUCGACACAGGCAGUAGCUGCAGUACGGUAGCCCUCCGUGUCGGGCCAACCGCCAAUGUCUUCAAGAAGGCACCUCGGGCAUCCAACUGUGACAGAGAUAUCGGCAUGGCAAGCAUGGCAAGUUGGAGUUUGCAGGAAUGUGAGACGCACGGGGCGUGUUGAAGAGGCACUGGAGCAUUGCUUGCAAGCUUGCGGGCUGACCGUGGCAGUCCAGGACCUGAUUCGUGAGUUUCAACAAGAUAUGUGGCUCCCCUCGCAUUGAGUUUCGAAAACGCAUCGCAUGAAUGCCGCUCAUAAGCCGGAGCGACGUAUCAUAGUGACUACUGUCAACCAGAUGAGAUCCAAUGGCGGAGUGUGUCACAUGUCCGAGUUGCUCCGUCUCAGCUCUCCACAUACAUGAUAGUGCCGACUCACGCCGUAGUCACAAGGCUUGUCACCCACCGCCGUCACCCACGAAACUUUCAGCCUGCAUCUGGAUGCUGGCCGCUCCGUGCGGGUGGGGUGCGGCGCCUGAACGAGCGAGGGGCCUGAGGCCGCCGUUUAAAGAUACGAGCACUGGUUCUAAUGACGCACGGUGAGGUCUGUGUAACGUGUAUUGCUUCAAAUCUGGCUAUUUGGCAGGUGGGACUGCGGCUGCUCCUGACAGUUGUUGGGAAGGACUGAAGCCGGCGACAGGACCAGAGACGGGACUGCACAUACCGUAGCUCGUCAGCGCUUUCCGGAAAGGGAUGAUGGCUACCUGGGCACACGAUCGUUUGCUUACACCACCUGAGGCGUUUCCAUCUAAUACUUGCGUCCCGGCCUGCAUAUGUCCAAAUACAAACACUGGGUGGAGUUUAGUUUUGAGCGUGUGGGCGUGUGGCGCCACCCCUGCACCCACCACACGCACACUGUUUUAUCCCUUUUUGGGAGUGUGUGUGCUGCAGCGUGUGUGGAGUUGUCCUGUCCUCCCCAGCCGUCCGGCCUAGGUCCGUGAUGUGAGGAGCUAGAUAGGUUGAUCAUGUCUCGGCGGUAGCCCUCUUACACCGUCCUGAGUGGUCCGUCUGUCCUAGGCGCAAGCUCAACACAUUGCUCCCGUGUGGGGACGCCGCCUUGGCGAGAGCCACGGAUGUGGGCAUGUCGCAACCGGUGGAGGGCGCUGUAAUCAUAAAUGUAC